UUAUUUCGUAGAAAACGUAUUUCGGCAACGUUAAUUUUUUUUUAAUAUUCUAUUAUAUUUACAAUGAAAAAAUUUACAAUAAUAUUGUUAUUUACUUUGCAAUUAGUGAAGUGUGAUGAAGAUUACGAGGAACGUGAAGGUGCCAGUUGUACGACCAAUACCGAAGAGGCUGGUGUUUGUAGAUAUUUUUUUGAUUGUGAAUACGCGAAAAAUCGAGUCAAAAGUAAGAAAAAAAUAAAGGAUUGUUUCUAUAAAGAUAACAAAAGAUAUGUCUGUUGUGUUGAAACAACAAAAAUAACACCAGUAACAAGUAACCCAUUAGAACAAAAACCUCCGGAACCAAUUACCGAAAGAGAGUUAGUCAAAUUUCUUAACGAAGGACUCUUGCAGAGCAACGAUAUUGAAUGUCGAUUCAAUGGUACAUUUCCUGUAAAAUGUUGCCGCAUUGUACACGACUUCACCACUCUGAAAUUCAACGAGCCACCUAAAUGUCCAGUACUGGAGAAACCGUACGCACGCAACAACUUGUCACCUCACCAAAGUGUCAUAUACGAUGCGUGUUACGCAUACUCGAGACUCGGAAGUAAAUGCCUGGUAAAUGAGUUUAACAGCGACUGGUACGUUCGAGACGACUGCCAGAGAUUCAGGAGCGUGAUAAAGAUAUCAGACGGUGAUCCCGCUAAGGUUAUGGAAUUCCCACACAUGGCAGUCCUCGGCGGUAAAAAAAAUCAGGCCAAGGAAAUCGUUUGGUUCGCCGGCGGGUCUUUGAUUAGCGAAUAUUUUAUUCUGACGGCGGCGCAUGCUGUGGGUAGCCGAGACGUUGGCGCUGUCAAAUACGCUUUAUUGGGUACUAUUUACAAAAAUGAUACUCGCAGCGGAGAACUCUACCACAUUGUGAAAAUCAUAAGGCAUCCUGAACAUAACUGGCAAACGAAGAAAAACGAUAUUGCCCUACUCAAGGUUCACACUCGUGUCGUGUUCUCUGAUUUCAUCCGACCAGCGUGUCUCACAUUCCCGGGCUCGAAGGAACACGAACACACAGCUUGUACUGUCGCAGGGUGGGGUAACAUGGGGGAGAGACAAAAUACAAGCGAUGUAUUACUAAAGGCGACGGUAUAUCAGGAAUAUGAUCACAGUAACUGUCAAAGGGUUUUGCAUCAAAAUUUUUUUGUAUGGGACAGUACGACUAUGAUCUGCGCAAAGUCAGGUGAAGCUCGGCCUAACCAGGACACUUGUCAGGGCGACAGUGGUGGUCCUUUGAUGACGUUGAGCAAACAAUAUGUACCUUGCUCGUAUUUUGUAGCAGGCAUUGUAUCUUGGGGUCCUAAAUGUGGAGUACAAAUGCAUGGAUCUUAUACAAACGCUUCCUACGACAAGUAUCAAGAAUGGAUAGUUGAAAACGUGUGGCCGCUGCAGCUGAAUGCUAGAAAAGUUAAUCUCUCUUAAACAACUAUUAAAUGAUAUGAAACUGAUCACUUUGUAUAUCGUUGUGA